AGCUGACCGGGAACCAGCCAAUCAGAAGUCUCAAACUGUUGUAAAUAAACUGCGGCUUUGCGCUCCUGAAAACACGCAGCAGCGGACUGAGAGCAGAAACAUGUCGGUGGAGACGACAGGCAGCGACGUGAGGAGAGCAGCGAGCAGCAGCAGACAGGAGGGCCCAGGAGGACUGUUGGACUCCGUGAAGAAAGCUGCGUUCGUCAUCGGAUCCGGCAUCUUAUUCUUGGCAGCGUUUGGCAACUCACUGACAUGGCACCUUCAGAGGUUCUGGGGAGCUUCAGGAGAUUUCUGGCAGAACUUGUGGACGAAGCUGUACGUGGCGUUCGAGGGUCAUGAUGCUGCUCUGUUCUUCUUGGGGACGAUGUUGCUUCCCUUUUUGACGUUCUGGUUGUCAAAUGCUCUGCUGCUGUUGGCGGACAUAACCGGAAAACCCUCCUUCAUCACUCGCUACCGUAUCCAGGUGGAUAAGAAUAACCCGGUGGAUCCAGUGAAGCUCCGUCAGGCGAUGAAGACCGUCGUCUUCAACAAGAUCUUCAUCUCGGGUCCAAUGGUGGUGGCUGUUUACUACCUGAUGAGCUGGACAGGAAACCCCUGCGGCCCGGAGCUGCCCACCUUCCACUGGGCCCUGAUGGAGCUGGCCGCCUUCGCCCUCCUGGAGGAAGUUCUCUUCUACUAUUCACACAGGCUGUUCCACCAUCCCAGCCUCUACAAACACUACCACAAACAGCACCAUGAAUGGACGGCUCCCAUCGGAGUCGUCUCCAUCUACGCUCAUCCUCUGGAGCACGUGAUCUCCAACAUGCUGCCGGUGGUGAUCGGACCAGUGCUCCUUGGCUCCCAUCUAUCCACCACCUCUCUGUGGUACUGCCUGGCUCUGGUCAGCACCACCAUCUCCCACUGUGGAUACCACCUCCCCUUCCUGCCCUCCCCAGAGUUUCAUGAUUUUCAUCACCUCAGGUUCAACCAGUGUUUCGGCGUUUUGGGCAUCCUGGACCGACUCCACAGCACCGACGCCAAGUUCAGACAAUCCAGACAGUACGAGCGUCACGUUCUGCUCACCAGCUUCACCCCUCUGAACGAGAGCAUCCCCGACACCCCCAACAAGGGCCAGUGAGCGGCUGGGACCUCCGACCUCAGGGAGACAGGAUUCCCAAACAAUCUGAAAUACAUUUUAAUCAUUUUAAUCUGGAAAGACAACAUGUUAGAGACUGUGAAAGUUCUGACAGAAGUUUGGUUGUUGCACGUUUAGCAGACAAACAGAUUUCAGUAGGUUUUUAUAAGUUUACUGUUGAUUUGGAGUCUUUUUAACUUUAUUUACAUCUUAAGAUCUGAGCGGCGUGGCAGAGCAGUCAGUUGUUCAGGGUUAUUAUCUGCUGACAUCCCAUUAAAGUGUAAAUGUAUAAAUGUAUAGAAGCCCAAAUUCACCAGGAAGAGAAAAGCUAAACAUGCUGAAAAUAUGUAAUUAUAUAUAUAUCAUAAUUUCAUUCCAAAUUGGAAGCAAAUGAAACCCUUGAAGCAGCUCGUUUACCAGACAGGAUCACAGAUUUAUCGACUGCAUUUCAUCCAUAAAACUUCAGAUUUGUUUGUCGUUUAAAUCCUCUUCUUCUUAUCAAGUUAAUUUAAACCUCGUGAGAAGGAGCGAACCACUCCGAUUCUACUCGGUUUGAACAUUGAAAUGAGUUUUAAUCAUUUCAGGAUAAAGAUUCUGGUUUCACUUGAUGUAAUUGUGUUUGGAAGACGACCACUGAACACAUUCUCACUUUAAUGUAGUCGAUCGUAGUUUUAUAUGCAAGCAUUAAUCCUGAUUUACGUGUUUGUCUUAUUUUUUAUUACAUGUAGAAUGUAAGGAGAGCACUGUCAGCUCAUCAGUGCAGGCUCUGUGGUGCGUUCACUUACCGGUCAGACAGGAGGACAGAGAUCUGGACUAUGAAGCAGAAAGAUUUGGGAUUAGUCAGCUAACUUCAAGUUUAACUCUGGGAACCAUGCGGUAACCAUGGCAACAUGCACAGCCAAGCAGAACAAGGUUGUGUUUAACCCUAUGAUGUGCAACAUGGGUCAAAAGUGACCCAGAUUCAAUAGAAUAUGGGUCACUUUUGACCCAUGUUGACCUAAAUUGUUUAAACAAUUCAUGGAGCUUGAUUUGGAAACAGUGGACAUGAAAAAACUAAAAGUGUCAUAAACUGCCUCUUUUUGUACAGGAGUUAUAAUAAAACGAUCCUUUAUUUGGCUGUCAAAAGUGGAAAAAAAUCUUUUUUACACCUUAAAAUGCUACAGAAACAGCACCCCCCCCCCCCCAUUCUGUGGCUUCUAGAAACGGCAUCCUGACAGUUCAAAUGCUGCAAUUUAAAAAUUACACUUUAAAAGUGGUAAUUUACGGCCCUCCUGUCUUUCAAGAGCAUCUGACAGUUUUUAGUGUUUAAAUCCUUUUUUUCCCACUUUUUUUUCAGUGAGGGAAGCUAGUUUUAGUUGCUUUAGUUUAUUUCCUGUUGACUCCAUUUCAUUGCUCUGCAGUAUCUCAAUAAAAGCCAAAAACAAAGACUUAUCAAAGCGCUAAAGUCUACUAAAGUUUUAUGUUUAUAUAUUUAUUCUGUACCUGACUGCAACACAACUGGAGGAAUAAAAGGCUGAAAUUGUCCUCCAAGCUGUUAGAAACUCCUUCUAUAAAAGCUUAGAAUCCUGGAUGUGUUAAACUCUUCGUAGUCCGGGUUCUCUGUCCUCUGUGGAGAAACAAUAAAGGAAUAUUUGCACUUUUCUGUUCUCUGGCUCUUACACAUGCACUCAAAUGUUAAAUGCGUCUGUAUUUUGUAAAUAAACCUCCAUAAUUGUAGCAGAGAAAAGAAAAUUCUACUGAGAUUCUGAUGGAACUGUUUAAGAUUAAAAUGUUUUGAAAACAAA